UUGAGCAAUGUCUAUGUGUGAGAGAGACAAAAUGCUUGUAAAAAGUUUGAGACCCUAAAGAGAAUAUUUAGAUAAAGAAGAAGGAGGGAUAGAGACAAGUGUUGCUGGGAGGUCAAAGGAAAAUGUGACAAAUGGAAGUGUGGGGAGAAUGAUAUUGAUGAGUUGAACAGAAAGUGAUAACUGUGACAGAUGUGGUCGGGGCUCUUAAGCAUGCAGCAGUUGGAAGAGUGUUGUGCGGAUGUAAACAUGUAUAUAAAACAUGCAGAAAAGCAUUCACUCAUCUCGAUGUGGGAACCCACCUCCAAGUUUAUGGAUUAAUAUAAACCACAUUUAUAUGGAAGUAUGCAAAAGAGCUCACAACUACACACACAAAUGAAAACACACACUCAUACACACUUGUGUAUUUACGUGCAAGUGGAAAUUACAGAAACAGUCUCACCUUUUUAGUUAAGCUAAAGAAAAAGAAGAGCUUAUAUAUAUAUAUGUGUGUGUAUGUAUAUAUAUAUACACACACACAUACACACUACCAGAUGGGAAGAAAAAAGAUAGCACCAAUGAAUAGACACAUACUCACAUAUCUACAUAUAUCGCUCAAAUCUGGAGAGCAGACAGGGAAGCUGGUUGUGACAGCCAGUUAACAAAUGUUACAUUACCUAAGACCAUCAAUAAUAGCAAAAGUGUGAUUGCAACAUUACAUGGUAACCAAGAGACAGCAACUCACUAAAUACUUCACAUGCUUUACUCCUAUAACUGUGAUUCCAAGCAAUAUGUUGUUAUCCAUAUCCAUAUUUUUUAUCUUACUGCACUGUUGUCAAUGUGUAGAUCUCAUCUAUCAUGUACAAGAAGAAAAAGAUGCAAACACCUUCGUUGGAGAUAUUGCAAGUAACUCACAAUUGUUUGCUAGUCUCUCAUCUCAGAAUUAUGAACACAUUACUUUUACUCAACUCAAACGCCGGAUGUCUAGUAGCUCUCUUCUGUUCAAUGUUACUAAGAGUGGGAAAUUAUACACAGCCCAACGGUUAGAUGCCGACUCUCUUUGUACAUAUAACAAAGAAUGUUCAAAAAUUGUCAAAGUUGCAGUAAGGCAAGCAGAAGCAUUUCUAAAAGUAUUGAAAAUCAAAGUGAUAAUUGAAGAUAUUAAUGAUCAUCAACCUGUAUUUUCUGACAAACAAAUUGAUCUUCAGUUCUAUGAGACAGAUGGGAAAGGGACAAAGAAAUCAGCACCAAGUGCCAUAGAUGGGGACAUGGGAGUUUUAAAUUCCAAAAUUAACUAUAGACUAAAAAAUAAUGUAAAUCAGACAUUUUCAUUAUUUGUUUCCAAAAGAGUUGAUGGUGUAUCAACACUGGAAAUCAUCUUAGAAAAAAAACUUGAUCGAGAGAUCAAAGAUCUAUAUUUAGUGCAAGUUGUUGCUCAAGAUGGAGGUUCUCCACCACAGCAGUGUAUUCUAAAUGUUCAUAUUUCUGUUAUUGAUGAAAAUGAUAAUCGACCUGUUUUCUUUAAAAAUUUGUACAAUGUUUCAGUGAAAAAUACUCAUUUAAGAAUGAGACCUGUUGUAAUAUUAUCAGCAAAGGAUAAAGAUUCAGGUGAAAAUAGUCAUGUUUCAUAUUACUUUAGUCCCAAGACAUCAGCAAUUGCCAGAGACCAUUUUAGGAUCAACAAAGAAACAGGAGAAAUUUUCCUUGAUAAAACCUCAAAGUUAAAUGAGAAAAUGACUUUUAAGUUAUUUAUUGAAGCCAGAGAUGGAGGUAGUCCACCUUUGAGUUCAAUUGCAACAGUUAUAGUGAGUGUCUUGAAUCAAGAAAAUAAUGCCCCAACUAUAGAUGUAGAUUUUGUUUCUGUAUUAACUGAAAACACUACAAAAAUAGUUGAAAGUACCAAAGUUGAUAGUUUUAUAGCAUAUGUUAUGGUUACAGACAAUGAUGUUGGACACAAUGGAGAAGUCACAUGUGAUCUUAAACAUGAAAAAUUUAAACUUUCUGCAAUUAGUUCAAAAGAAUACAAGGUUAUUUUAAAAGAGCGUGUUGAUAGAGAAAUUGAGGAUCAUUAUAUAAUUACAAUAACAUGCCAAGACCAUGGAUUCCCACCAUUGCAGAGAGAAAGAAAAUUUUCUCUUCAGUUGAUGGAUGUCAAUGAUGUACAGCCAAUGUUUACUAAAGACACAUUCAAAUUUUUGACCUAUGAAAAUGAAAAACCAUCAUUUCCAGUUGGAUUUGUUAAUGCCACUGACCCAGAUUUAGGGCUAGGAGGCAAAUUGUCAUAUGCUUUAUUUGAUAAAGACCAAUUUGACAUUCCUUUCAAAAUAACAGACAAUGGAUUUAUUUCAACUAGAAAAUCUCUUGACCGUGAACAAAACAGCAUUUAUAAAUUUCAAGUUUUAGUCAGAGACAAUGGAAGUCCAUCACUUAAUAAUACAGCUAAUGUUAUUGUUGAAAUUAUGGAUGAAAAUGAUAAUGCCCCUUAUUUCACCUUUCCUAGUGUUAGCCCCUUUAGUUUGGAUCUUCAUUACCAUCCACAAAGUGACACUGAAAUCACUGUUCUGAGAGCAUCAGACAGAGAUAGUCAUGUAAAUGCUUUCCUUACCUAUGAAUUAAUUGGAGGUAAUGAUAAACGAUUAUUUAUGAUUAAUGCUCAUUCAGGUAUUUUAUCUUUUUCUCGAGCCGUUUAUCAAAAUGAUGCAGGGUCAUAUGAACUUCAAUUUAUAGUUAAAGACAGUGGAAAUCCAGUUCUAUCAGCAACAACCAUUUUGUCCUUAACAUUGACUGUCAGUAAUAAAACAUCAACUAUGCUAACAGCUGUCCAAAUUCAAUCCAGUGAUAUGAUUGAUGUAAACUUAGUUAUAAUUAUUGUUGUUGUAGCAGUGGUGCUGUCUAUUGCCAUUGUGAUAUUCAUUACAACAUGCAUUGUUAAAUACAACUACCCCAGAAAUGCUAACCAUGGCACAGAUGUAAAUACUUCAUACCAGUCAAGAAGUGAAAUGCGAAAUCUCAUUUAUCAAACUAACAAUCGAGUUUCAAUGACAAGAGGCCAAAAUGAAGGCAUGAGUCCAAAUACUCCAUCAAUGAGAUCAAGGGGUCAAUUUUAUCCUGAAAUCGAAUCUCAGAAACCUUCCACUAUGAUCAGAACACUUUCAAAGUCUUCACAAAUGUACAGUCAACCUGUUACUGUGACAUCUGGUGGUGAGCCAAUGGAGCAAAACAUUGUUAUGGUCCCUAACUAUCUGAGUGAUACAAUGUCUACCAAAAGAGACAGUGGACAUAACUGGAAUGAAGGAGAAACAAAACAAUAUGAAGAAAUACCUGGGCUUUACAACUUCAGACACAUAUCAUCCACUUCAAAGAUGGACUGAAACCACAAAGACAGACAUAUAAAAAGAAAUCAAUGAGAUUGUAAUAGAAAUGAAUCAACAAGCAGAGAAGUGAGCAAAAUACCUAUAAGCCUUCCAGAGACAGAAUCAUAAAACACCCAUUUAUGGUUACAUUCGAUUGUAGGAGUGAUAUAGUACCAUUUAAUGUGCAUGAGACAUGUGUCUUUGGAAUACAUUAGUAUUGUUAAUAUUGAAGAUGAAUAUAACAAAAAAUAUUUUUUACCUACAUUCAAUCAUACAAGGUAUGCAUACAGACCAUGAUGAGGUGAACAUGGAUCUUAUCUUCAUUUUAAAUAUUCUGGUUUAUAUAUACAUACCCUGAUAUAUGUUUUCCCUGUGUACAGAUACAUAGUUGUGCACAUAAUAUAUAGAAAAUGUUUAGAAAAUGUGAAUGUAAAAAUGUGUAUUUAUACAUAUACUCAUUUGUGAGUACGAAAAAGAUAGCUCAUCCUCAAUACACGAAGAAGAGUUUAAUUAAUUUGGGGUGAUGCUGAGUUCAAGUAUCACUGUGAUUGAUUUUACCUUUCAUCCCUUCAGGGUCAAUAAUAAGUCAUGUGCUAGAUUUAAUUUAAUCAUCUGUAAUAACUUCCUUAAACAUAACAAUUUAUAUUUUAGUUAUUAGGUUAACAAUCUUUCAUGCUGUAUAUCCUAGAUUUAUAAAAUAGGAUUUAAAACAGUAUGCAGUAUUUAUCAUUUAAAGGAAUAUUUUUCAUAUUCCAUGUUAUGUGAUGUAAUGUUUUUUGCAAAAACAAUCCUAUAUUUAGAAGAGAAAUAUUUUUAUAUAACACGAACUGCUAUAGUAAACAUAAUUUGGCAUUAAUCAUAUUAUGUUUUAACUAAUAGAUUAUAGCAGUUACAAUGAUAAGUGUAAUGUAUAUU